CCAGCUUCUUUCCUUUGCCGACCGCUCGAGUCCCGCGCCCUAGCCGGGCGUCUCCCUGCGCCGAGGAUGGAACUUGGCUGGAGCGGCGCUGUCCUCAGCUUCCCUUUCCCCAGGCCCCGGAGCUGAGGCCCGAAGCCGGAGCGCGGGGCGGCGCGACUCCCCGAUCCCGGGCAUGGAGGCCUUGGAGGCUGAGCCCGCUCGGGUGGAGGACGCAGAGCCGGCGGCGCCCUGGGCUCGGCUGGAGGCCCCCGGCCGCCUCCUGGUGCAGGCGCUGCAGGCCGGGCCCGACGGGGCGCGGCGCGGUCUGGGGGUGCUGCGGACACUGAGCGGCCGCGGCGGGGAGCCCUUUGCCUGGGGCGGCGUCCUCGAGGCUCUGUGCCGGGAGGAGCCCGUCGUGGAGGGCCCGGACUGUCGCCUGGAGCUGAAACCACUGCUGCUGCGAUUGCCCCCGUUAUGCCGGACAAACCUGAUGUCCCUGCUCAUGGCUGUUUGGCCAUCGCUGCCCGAAAGCAGGCUCCUCCCUGUGCUGCAGAUUGCGAGGCAGGAUCCAAGCCCUGACCCUGAUCCCUGGCUCCGGGCCCUUGGAGAAUUUCUGCAAAGGGAUCUGAGUGCUGGUGUUUCCACUGAUGGAGCAUCCCCACUGUCUGAAAGGUGCCAGAGACAGCUUCAAGGCCUGUGUAGGCGGCUGGGCCAAGGGGGCAGGAAGUUGAAGUUGCCCCCGGUUCCAGAAGGAGAAGGGCAGGAGGAGAACAAGGACUCCCCGCAGCCUGGGAAACGCAGGAAGGAGCCAGAGGAAGAGCCUGUCAGUCCUGAGGGGGAGAGGGCCCCCAAAAGGCUCCGGUGUUUGGAAAAGGAAGAAGAGGAAGAAGAAGGUCAUGAGGGGAAGAGACCUGAACACGAAUCUUCGGAAUCCCUGGCUGAUGGAGGAGGUGCAUCAUCCAUUACAAACCAGCCUAUCAUGGGACCUGAGCCCAGUGAGGCUGGUCAGAGUCUAAAGGAUGCUAAGGGCCUACCUGAGAGUUUGGAGUUGCCCAAAGUUAUCCAGGACCAGGUUCCCAGGCUGCAGCAGCUGCUCAAGACCCUCGGGAAGGGGUUGGAAGGACUGGAGGGCACCCCACCGGUUGAGCUGCAGCUUCUCCAGGAGUGCAGUCCUGGCCAGGUGGACCUACUGUGUGCCCAGCUGCAGCUCCCGCAGCUCCUGGACACAGGUCUCCUCCAGCUCUGCACCUGGCUGCUGGCCCUGUCACCAGACCUCAGCCUGGGCAAUGCCACUGUGCUGACCAGGAGCCUCUUCCUUGGACGGAUUCUCUCCCUGACUGCCUCAGCCUCCCGCCUGCUCACGACUGCCCUGACCUCCUUCUGCACCAAGUAUCCCUAUGCUGUCUGCAGGGCCCUCCUUGGCCCUGUGCUCCAAGCCCCGGGAAUAGGUCCAGCUCAAACAGAGUUACUGUGUUGCCUUACAAAGGACAAGGCCCUGGAGCCAGACGUGCAGGUUCUAAUGCUGGGACAGAUCUCGGAGCUGCCCUGGAAGGAGGAGACUUUCUUGGUGCUGCAGUCACUCCUGGAGCGGCAGGUGGAGAUGCCCCCUGAGAAGUUCAGUGUGUUGAUGGAGAAACUCUGUAAAGAGGGGCCAGUGGCCACCACAUCCAUGGCCUAUGCCAAGCUCCUGCUGACAGUGAUGACCAAGUAUCAAGCCAACAUCACUGAGCCCCAGAGGCUGGGCCUGGCUGCAGCUGUGGAACUCAACACCACUUUCCUGAGGAAGUCCCUGCAGGCUGCCCUGAGACAUCUGACUCCCUAACUGUCCACCAAAGAACCACCCUCCCGAAGCUCCCUCACCAACUUCCUGAAGGACACUUCUGCCCUCAGCUCCUCACCCUGCCUCUUGCCUGGGGGUCAGGGCUGAACCUGGCCAUCCCAGGGAUCAACUUCCUCCCUGCUCCAGGCUGCAGAGGGGCUGGCAGGAAGGGUCUGGGGCUAGAUGAUCUUUAUUACCAAGGGCUCCUGACCCUGGGUUCCCUGCUUGUCACUUCUGGGGGCAGACACCGUAAGAUAGGCCUCAGCAGAGUCAUAGCAGACCCAGAGUGCACAAUGAUGACACUCCAGGAGCCCCAGGGACAUGUGCUCAGCACAGAUCUCUUGUGCUCAAGUGUAUAUGUGAUGAUCCUCUGUGUUCUUGUUUCUGACUUGAAUAAUUUAUCAAUGGUAUUUCAUUUAAAAAAAACAAAGAGGUUCAAUAAUG